UGUCAUCUUGAAGUAAGUUCACAUAACAACAACAAAACACAAAUCCCGUUUGGUAACGUCACCAGUUCAAACGAACCGGUCAUAUUGCAAUUAAAAAUUCCAUGAUUUAGUUUCGAAAUGUUCAAAGUUUUCGAAAAAUUGAGGAAUUUCGACGCAUAUCCAAAACCUUUAGAAGAUGCUCGAAUCCAAACCUUUGGGGGUGCAACUAUUUCGGUUCUCAGUAUUAUACUCAUGUUAAUUCUAUUCUUCGUCGAGUUUAUGGACUAUAUGACACCAAAUAUAUCAGAGGAGUUGUUUGUAGAUACAUCAAGAAGUCCUAAUAUACAGAUAAAUCUUGAUAUAAUUGUCCCACAAGUUUCCUGUGAUUUUUUAGCAUUAGAUGCAAUGGAUUCAUCAGGGGAACAGCAUCUUGAAAUAGACCAUAAUAUUUACAAGAGACGACUAGAUUUGAAUGGUCAACCUAUUGACACACCAAAAAAAGAAGACAUAACAAUUAAGAAUAAAAAUGAAGUAGCAGUAGUGAAUGAAACGAAAUGUGGUAGUUGUUAUGGUGCAGCCCGAGAUUCAAACAGGUGCUGCAAUACUUGUGAUGAGGUUAGGGCUGCAUACAGGGAGCAACAAUGGGCUUUUCCAGUUAAUCCAGAAAAUAUAACGCAGUGUAAAGAUGAAAAAAUAGAUGAGAAAUUGAAGGAGGCCUUCAAGCAAGGAUGUCAGAUAUAUGGGACAAUUGUUGUCAACAGAGUUAGUGGUAGUUUUCACAUAGCACCAGGAAAAAGUUUCAGUAUAAAUCAUGUGCAUGUUCAUGAUGUGCAACCUUUUUCUUCAACAGAAUUUAAUACUACACAUAAAAUAAGGCAUUUGAGUUUUGGAGAAAGAAUCAUGAGCGAGACGCAUGAUCCUUUGAAAGACACAAUGGGAUUGGCAGAGGAAGGUGCUACCAUGUUCCAGUAUUAUAUAAAAAUAGUACCAACACAAUAUUCGAAUAAAAAGGGUGAAGUUAUUAAUUCCAAUCAAUUCUCAGUUACUAAACACAAAAAAGUGAUUUCAAUAAUGAAUGGUGAGUCGGGAAUGCCAGGGAUUUUUUUUCAGUAUGAACUAUCCCCUUUGAUGGUGAAAUAUACAGAAAAAGAGAGAUCCCUAGGACAUUUUUUAACUAAUGUAUGUGCUAUCAUAGGAGGCAUUUUCACAGUUGCAGGACUACUUGAUUCCUUCUUCUUUCAUACUACACGUCUUAUACAAAGGAAAUUCGAACUUGGAAAAUUGCACUGAUCUAUUAUUAUUAACCAUUUUUCUAGUAUAAUUUUUCAUGGAUCACUUUUAUCUAUUUUUAUAGAUAUGCUGUAGCCAUAUCACCCAAGUUUUCACAGCUGUAAUAUUUAAUUUAAUCGUUUGAAUUCUGUCGAAAACUAUUUAAAAAAAAUAGUCGUUGAGAAUGAACUCUUAUUAGAAGUCUCUCAGUUCAUUACAAAUACUAGUCAGACUAAUGGAAGUCAAUGAGCCAGAGGUUCUUGCAAAAUUGAGAAAAACUCGAUCAUAUGGCUACACUAAAUGUAAAUUUAUUUGUGUACAUACUUAUGCAUUGAAGUGGAAUUUUAGAUCUGAUUAAAAUAUGGACAAUAAAA